AUGAUUUGCUGUUUAAUGUUAUUUCUGGCCAUAGAAUGUUCUCACUAUAGAUCCAAGAUCCACAUAAAAGAUGGAGAUAAACUUCAACAUCUUGAAGGGAAACUCAAGACUGGAAGGAUACAAGAGAAAUGCCGAGGACCUUGCAUCCCUGCUUCCAACUGCAGCCAGCCCUGUGCUCAGCCCUUUCAUGGAGAAAUAGGGUUUACAUGUCAUCAAAACAAGUGGCAAAAAUCAACUGAAACAUGUACAAGCCUUUCUGUGGAGACACUCUUUAAGGACUUCAAUAGUGCAUCACACCUUCCUCUAGCAGCAUCAUCCAUACCCGUGCACGUUCUUGACUUUCGAGCACCAGAGCCCGUGGAGAGUGUAGCUCAAGGAAUCCGCAGGAACUGUCCAAUUGAUUAUGCCUGCAUACUCGAUGUUGUGAAAUCAUCAGAAGCCACGUCUGGAAACAUCGCAUUUAUAGUGGAGUUACUAAGAAAUAUUUCUACAGAUUUGUCUGAUAAUGUUACCCAAGAUAAAAUGAAGAGUUAUAGUGAAGUGGCCAACCACAUCCUUCACACAGCAGCCAUUUCAAAUUGGGCUUUCAUCCCAGACAAAAAUACCAGCUCGGAUUUGUUGCAGUCAGUGAAUCUGUUCGCGAGGCAACUCCGCCUCCACAAUGACUCUGAGAACCUUGUGGAUGAACUCUUCAUCCAGGCAAAAGGGCUUCGCAUCACCCACAAUACCUCAGAGGAGAAGUUCAAUUUCUCCGCAAGCAUGAACGGUACAGCAGAGGGUAUCUUAGGAAUGAUAGAAAUUCCCACGCAAGAGCCGUGGAACCUGCCACCAAAUGCAUCCCAAGCCAUCAGCAUAGCCUUUCCCACCUUGGGGACCAUACUGAGGGAAGUCCGCUUGCAAAAUGUGAGUCUUCCUAGACCUGUAAAUGGUCUCGUCCUUUCGGUGAUUUUACCAGAAGGACUGAAGCAAGUCUUACUCACCUUCGAGAAGAUCAACAAAUCCCGCAGUGCCAGGGCACAGUGUGUUGGCUGGCACUCGAGGAAAAGGAGGUGGGAUGAGAAUGCCUGUGAAACCACGUUGGAGAUCGUGAACAGAGUGAAAUGCUUGUGUAACUACACCAACAUGGUGAUGUCCUUUUCCAUUCUAAUGUCCCCCAAAUCUAUAGACAACAAAGUCCUGGACUACAUCACCUGCAUUGGGCUCAGCAUCUCUAUCUUUAGCUUGAUUCUCUGCCUGAUCGUCGAAGCCGCAGUGUGGUCCCGGGUGGUUGUGACGGAGGUAUCAUACCUACGUCACGUGUGCAUCGUGAACAUAGCCGUGUCGCUCCUGAUUGCUAAUGUGUGGUUCAUUGUAAACUCUAACUUUCACAAAAAGGCCCAGGACUCCAACUGGUGUGUUGCGCUGACAUUUUUCAGCCACUUCUUCUACCUCUCUCUGUUCUUCUGGAUGUUCUUCCAAGCACUGCUCAUCAUCUAUGGAAUAUUGGUUGUUUUCCGUAGGAUGAUGAAAUCCCGCAUGAUGGCCAUUGGCUUUGCCGUUGGCUAUGGGUGCCCAUUGGUCAUUGCAGGUACUACAGUUGCUGUCACGGUGCCAGAGAAGGGCUACAUGAGACCCGAUGCCUGUUGGCUUAGCUGGGACAGUACCAAAGCCCUUUUAGCAUUUGCCGUCCCAGCCUUAGUCAUUGUGGCCGUGAAUCUUGUGGUGGUUUUGGUUGUUGCUGUCAAUACUCAGAGGCCCUCUAUUGGCAGUUCCAAGUCUCAGGAUCUGGCCAUAAUUAUGAGGAUCAGCAAAAAUGUUGCCAUCCUCACCCCAUUGCUGGGACUGACCUGGGGUUUUGGAGUAGCUACACUUCUAGAAGGCACUUCCUUGAUAGUCCAUAUAAUCUUUGCCCUUCUCAAUGCUUUCCAGGGGUUCUUCAUCUUGCUGUUUGGAACCAUUAUGGACCACAAGAUAAGAGAUGCUUUGAAGAUGAGGAUGUCUUCACUGAAGGGGAGAUCCAGGGCAGCAGAGAACGCAUCUUUAAGCCCAACCAAUGGAUCUAAAUUAAUGAAUCGUUGAAGAUGAGGUGCUGCUCCAUUCCUCAUGGGCAUUCCGUGUCCUGGACUGAGAGUGAAGCUCUGGGAGAGGGAGGCUGGAAUGAGGGACAAUCGAGCUUCCCUGGAAGACUUUCUCUUCUGGCCAGGAGUGACACCUAAGCUUUCAGGGGUGAAAAUGCUUGCUGAGGGAAAAGUAAGCAUGACGUUUGGUGACUGGGCUUGAAGGAGCUAGAACCACUGACUCUUUGACUGGCCCAUGACUUUCAGGAGCCUGGCUUCUUGGUCACCCUUGGCAAGAUUAAGACAGCAAGCCAUUUUCUGAGCUCCUGGACAAGCCUGGAGCUGUUGGGGCUCUCCUGGACGAGGUCCGCUUUCACACGCAAGGCCUGCUCUGUGGCUCCAUAAACCCAGCCAUUGUCACUGUGCAUGGAUCCUGCUUGCUUUGGGGGACAGGAGUUAG